UUAAGAAGCAACACAGAGUCCUUCAUCUUUGCUACAAGUGCAACCAGCACAUUUGCAGUCCUGGUUAGUUGUGCAUGGAUCUCCUACUGUAUAGAUCGGCUCACCAAUGAAGUUUCCUCUGAAAAGCAAACUUCAUGGCGAAACUACAAGAAACACCAUUUUGCUUGUCCUUACCCUGGGUUGUAUUCGCAUGCGACAAGUGUAUAA